GAACGCACCAAAUGAGUCCAGGAAGUGACUACUGUUAUUGACCUACUGAUUGACAUCCACACGGGACUUUAUCGUGCAUUUUAUUAAUCGUUAGAGGGGUUUUAAUUUGUGCUUCCGCACUGUGUCCUCGUCGAUUUGAAACAGAUUCUAUUUCCAGACACAGCGAGGCAGCAAAUGUUGAUAAAGAAGAGAAGCCAUUGGUGCCUGAUAGCUUCAGGUAUGGUGUCAUUAAUCCUGUUCGUGACGCUGCUGUACAACGGUAGCAGCGGCGGCGGGCUGCGCCGGAGCAGCUCCAGCCUGAGACAUGACUACCAGCUGAUGGGGAGACCGCUGUACAAACUGGACCUGGGCUGGCCCAAUAACCCGGAGAUCUUCACCGGAGAGGUGUUCUGUGUGGCUGUCAACCAGUAUGCGGCGGUGGUGUACGUAGCACAGAGAGGAGCUAAUGUCCCCAAGGUGCUGGUCUUCACCACAGAAGGAGAGUUUCUCAUGUCGUGGAACACAACCACUCUGGAGAUGCCUCAUGGGAUGUUUUUAGCAGACGCAUCCUCCAAAGAUCCCACCAUUUGGAUCACUGACGUGGGGGACGGUCCGUAUGGCCAUUCCAUCAAACAGUACUCCCCAUCAGGAAAGCUUUUGCAGGUGCUUGGGACUCCAGGUAAAGCAGGUUCUGGGUUGGACCCUCUGCAGUUUGACCAGCCAGCUGAGAUUUUUGUCCAUGAAUCUGGGGAAAUGUAUAUUGUGGACGGUGAUGGAGGCAUGAACAACCGCCUCAUCAAGCUCUCUAAGGACCAGAAAGUGUUGUGGAUGCAUGCAGAGAAAGGACAAGGUCUGGCUCAGUUCUACAUUCCUCACAGCGUGACAGUGGAUAGUGCCCAGAGAGUGUGGGUGGCUGACAGGGGCAACAAAAGGAUCCAGGUGUUUAACUCCAUUACAGGGGACUGGCUGGGCACAUGGGGCAGCUGCUUCACAGAGGAUGCACCCUACUCUGUUCGCCUGACUCCAGACAAAAAAUAUUUUGUUGUUGUACAGCUAAACACCAAUCAGAUUACACUGCUGGAUGCACCACCUGUUGGGUUAAUUGGUCAGUGCAAAGUGGCAAGCGUCAUCCAGCUGGCGGAAGAUGUGAAGCCCCACCUGGUUGAUCUGGAUCUAAAGGCCGGAGCUUUGUACGUGGCAGAGAUCGGAGCUCAGCAGGCUCAGAAGUUCACCCCCUUCAGUCUGGGUGGAAGUUUGCUUUGAAUGCAUGCUGGGUUAAAACUGAAAUAUUGAAUUGGAAGAGCUCAGAUGUAACUGAGAUUCCAGUUUUAAAAUGUGCCAGGAUGUCAGUAAGAUUUCUAAUUAUGAUUUAGAAAGUUAAAAAAAAUCAAUAAAUAAAAUCCUCUCAUGCUUAAUAUUAGAUGUCCUAUAUAUCGUCUGGUAAAUCUUGCUCUAAGAAAUCUUGCUGUGAACUGAAAGUUUACCAAUUGUUUGAAUGGCCUUUAUUGUUUCUGCUGUUUAGUGCGGUUAUGUCCCUGCCAGUUUGCACUGCUUGAAUACAUCAAAAUCCAUAUGAAGAUGAGGAGUUUUUUUUUUUCAUCCUGCUGUUGACACUUGAAGCUGUUUGUAUUCAUGCUGACUCAGUUUGUACCUUACAAGAUUUAACCUGACACAUUUAUUCUCAGUGACAUGACCCAUGUUUCAACUUUAUAAUGGGAAUUGUUUUGCACUUUUUUUUCUAUCAGUCAGUGUUUUUUCUGAUGGAAUGCUUGUAAUUUACAUGUAAAAGUAAUCGUACCGUAAGUAAGCUUGUAAGUGGUGAAAGUGAAAAGAAUAGUUGAUAUUUCUCUGUGGUUCAAGGCUGAACCAACUGUCUAAAAGAAUAAUAUGGGUUUGGAAUUGAGGCCCUGGUUUACUUUGAAGUACAGUUGUUCUGUUGGCAUUAAGGUGUAAAGACAUGAUGCUCUUUUUUUAAAUGAUUUUGUGUGCUUAUCAAUUUUUUUUAUUCUUUUGUUCGUGAUUAAAAUCAGGGAUAUUAAUGAUCGAUACAUUGUAAAAGUAUAAUUGUUCUGUUCUCUUGGUUUUAGUAUUUAGAAAUGAGUUUCUAUGAAAUUAUUGUGAAUUAUAGUUCCCAUGGCUGUGGUCGAAAAAUUUUGUAUGACUCCUAACUUCUUGAAAAUGAAGAGAAGUGAGGAUGGUGGAAGCUAACCGCUAGCGACACCAUCUGUAGCUGGCGUUAGCUAUUUAGACAUCUCAGUCUGUUAAUGUUCACUAACAUGAUAAAGUAUACCAUUUUAUUAACAUCUUUAGUUUUAAACUGCUUGUCAGUUAAAACAAUGUAGAUCAGGAAAAAUGUAUCCACAUUUUCAAGAAAAUCAAUCUUUUUACUACAGACAAAGGAUCUAUUACUGUAAUGUUUUAUAGAACCUCACUUAAAUAUUGAGGUUGAAACCUGUGUUUUAUUUAAAUGUUUUAAGAUUUUUUUUUCCUAUUGUCAUUGUUGUCAUAAAGCCUGCAAUUUCCUUCAAUGUUGAGGGUUUUCAUUUUAAGGACAUAGAUAAAUUAAUGUCAAUGUCAAAAUCAUUACAUAUCAUAUCACUAUGUAAUAAACAAAAUUAAGGCAGAAUGUGAAAGCA